CCGUAUCACAAUCACUUCAUUCGUCUAGCAAGAACACAGCAGCGGCCUAACCGUAGCUAGCACAACACUAAACACCUAAAAUGGCAUUCAAAUUCGCCGUCUUCGCUGCCAUCGUGGCCGUCGCCAGCGCCGUCGCCAUCCACCCCUCCCCGUUGGGAGCUUACCACGCUCCGCUCGGAGCCUACCACGCUCCGCUCGGAGCCUACCACGCGCCUCUGGGAGCCUACCACGCUCCGCUCGGAGCAUACCACGCGCCUCUGGCCAAGGUUGCUGCUCCUCUUGCCGUCGCUAAGGUUGCUGCUCCGUACGCUGAAUACGAUGCCAACCCUCAGUACAGCUACAGCUAUGCCGUUGCCGAUGCCGUGACUGGUGACAACAAGAACCAGCAGGAGUCCCGCUCCGGAGAUGUUGUGACUGGAUCCUACUCGCUGGUUGAGCCUGAUGGCACCCGUCGUACUGUUGAGUACAACGCUGACCCCAUCAACGGAUUCAACGCCGUCGUCCACCGUGAGCCGCUGGCCGUCAAGGCUGUCGCCCCAAUUGCCAAGUACGCUGCCCCGCUAGCCUACCCCGCCGUCGCCAAGGUUGCUGCCCCGUACGCUCCUUACGGAUACCCAGCCUACGGCAAGGCCAUCCUUGGUUAAGCCCUGUACACCAUCCCUAGACAUAAUCGCGGAACUGUUCUUAAGUCCAGUGCCUAAUGCCUGCUCCUCUUGAAGUCAUUAGUUAACGUCUUCCUUAAUUUAUUUUCCUUACUUUAUUUCUUCCUUCUCGAUUGACACUGUACUUCUUGCAAACGCUGUUGCUACGCUCUGUUAGCAAUCCUUUUCCGUCUUUCUUGAAACUAAACUUUCUAUUUUCUUAAUGAUUUUUGUACAUAUGUAAACGGUUUUUGCCAAUACUGCUGCUAUAGACGGAAUGAAUGCAAUUUCGCUCUACAGACACGUGAUUUGACUGUGUGACAAGAUGUGUAAAACUAUUGUUGUUGCUGUGUUAGUAGGAGUCGGUUGACGAUCUGAUGAAAAUAAAAGCAAUUUCUACAAAAGAA